CUGUAUUCUAGUGUUUUAUCAAUAUCUUAUACACAUGCAUUUAAUAUAGGUCUUGGUCUGUUAAUACCUCAUCUGCUGACAUUGUCCAGCUCAUUCCUGGAAGGCGCAAAACUACGUGUUUUCACCGUUGCCGCUAGUCACAGCCAGCUUCAGAAGGAACAACGAAGCAUGGCGGCAUUGUUGAGUCGUUUUCGCAUUGACUAUUCAAACGUGUAUGUCAUCCCAGAUUUGGCGAAGCGGCCUAACAAGACAACGGUCGACGCGUUCAAGGAGUUCAUCGUGCCGUUCCUAAAAGACAUAGACGAAAAGGAGGAAAUUUUGGACGAAAUUUACGCGUCUCAUUUGUACAUUUCCGACACCGAGUUCAUCGCUAUGAAGGGCAAGGUAUAA